AUGCCAUUGUCAAUUCCAGCCGAGCUGAAAAAGAUAACCCCGUACAUUAGAAGAGCGGAGGAACUCGAUCGAGAUAAAUCGAAUGCCGAGUCUCGGCUAGUUGCCUACUACUGUCGUCAGUAUGCAGUACAUACAGGAAUCGCGAUUGCCCAAAGCGACGUUGCGAAGAACUGCCUUGGUGAGAUCCUCGGCGCGUUGGAGGGAGAAAAGGAGGCCAUGGACUCCUUCACACGAGACGAAACACAGUUUCUGUGCUCCUCCUUUGCGGGCAAGAUCUUCUCCAAGGCUGAUACGGAAGACAGAAAUGGGCAGGCCACCCGCGAUACUGCCAAAACAUUCUAUGCAGCUGCAAGCUUUCUUGAAAUGUUACAGCAGUUCUAUCAGGAUGACGACGAGUCCGAAGAGUAUCUAGAAGUCAAGGAAAAAUCGAAGUAUGCAAAAUGGAAAGCCACUGACAUUCUGAAGGCGAUAAAAGAGGGCCGAGAACCAACUCCAGGUGGAUAUGGAGAGAACUUGGCCGAAGAAGAGCCGCCAGUGACAGAGAAAGAAGAAGAGACUGAAACAGAGACGAAGGAAGGAGAAACAGCGGAAAUUGUAGAAGUGGAGACUGCAUCAGAUGACGGAGAGGAAGAGGAUUCGGAACCGGUAGUAGAGGACGUACCUGUCACUCCUAUGGCGCCACCAGCCGACGAAAACAAAGAUGAUGUUUCUGAGAAAGCAAAGCAAAUUGGAACGGAUAUUUCAGGUCUUCCACCACCACCUCCAUAUCCAACGGGGACAGACCUGCCUGAAAUCCUGGCGCCCCCUGCUCCAACACCGCUGCGGCCACCAAUGACAUUCAACCCUCCUGCGCCACCACCUCCCAUCCCAGCCCGUGCGGCCACAACAUCCGUUGGCCAACCAGCAAUAGAAAAGAAGCCCUAUCUUUUUGGAAUGGGCGCAGCCAAAGGAAAGAAACUUUCAAAAGCUCAAUUUGCAGACGCAAAAGAACUCACUCAGUUCGCCCUGGCUGCGUUGGAAGACAAGAAUUCUGACUUGGCUGCAGAGCGUCUCGCCCAAGCCUUGCAAAUCCUUGGGCGCUAG